AUGGAGCAGAUUAACUAUUAUGCAACGAUUGCUGAUGUUUCGGCCAAUAAACAUAAUAGAGACGGUACCGGGCAGACUACAGGAGGUGUCCUUCACUUGCACUUUGCAGACCGUGGCAUGAAAGCGGAGGACCGUAGCCGACACAAACUCUCCGCCCCGGUCGUCUACUCUCUGCUGGGACUCAGCAUCGUGUUAUCGGCUGCGGCUCUCUGCGUUGCAGUUAUUUUGAAUGGAGCCGUGAAUAAAACACAACUCGGAUUAAAAAGCCAUGAGCAAGUUAUAGAGAACAUUGAGAUGACAAUUGCCCAAUUCUACAAACUCCUGACUGACAUUCCACGGCUGAGUGUGCAUUCGUGUCCCGAGCAAUGGACCAAGUUCAAUCAAAGCUGUUAUCACUUUUCCUCAACCUCGGCCACCUGGGAGGAGGCCCAAAGAUUCUGUGCAUCAGCCGACGCCCACCUUGUUGUCAUUAAUAAUGCUGAAGAACAGUUAUGCACUGUGGCAUCACCCACACAGCAAACCACAUUGACCUCCAACGCUUAUGAAAGUAACUACUCCCAAAGCCUCGUCCUCUUUCGCCAGAACAUGGAUACUAAGAAGAAAUGA